UGGCUGUGCGGGGCCUGUCCUGGCUGCUGAUUGGCUGGCACACUGGGCCCACGAUGGGUGGGGGGCGUGGCCACGGGAACAGGAGCGCCGCUGUCCAGCCCUGUGUCAGGACAGGUGCUGGUGUCGGGUGGCCAGAUCUUUAGUCACCAGCCCACUUUCUCGAGCACGUGUGGGGUCGUGUUUUCUUGACCGACUUCGUGAGCCCCCAUCUCCCGGCGGAGUUGAGAUCAUGGCCUCUCCUCAGGGUCUCCAACCCCCCCUGGAAUUUGGGGGGCCCCUGGGUGCCGCUGCGCUCAUUCUGUUGUUGCCCGCCACCACGCUCCACCUGCUCCUGGUGGCCCGCUCUGGCCCGGCUCGCCUCCUGGGGCCACCUCCGCACCUGCCCCGGCUCUCGACGCUGUGGAGCCCCCGGGUACUGCUGUUGUUGCUCGCCUGGCUCGGUCUACAGGCGGCGCUCUACUUGCUGCCGGCGCGCAAGGUGGUGGAGGGGCUGGAAUUGAAGGACAAGAGUCGCCUGCGCUAUCCUAUUAACGGCUUCCAGGCCCUGGUGCUGACAGCCCUACUGGUGGGGCUGGGGGUAUCUGCCGGGCUUCCCCUGGGGACUCUCUCGGAAAUGCUGCUGCCAUUGGCGUUCAUGGCCAUCCUCACCACCUUCAUCUUCAGCUUCCUUCUCUAUAUGAAGGCUCAGGUGGCCCCUGCCUCAGGCCUGGCACCGGGGGGAAACUCAGGCAACACCAUUUAUGACUUCUUCUUGGGACGGGAACUGAACCCUCGAAUUUGUUCCUUUGACUUCAAAUAUUUCUGCGAGCUGAGGCCUGGCCUCAUUGGCUGGGUCCUCAUCAACCUGGCCCUGCUUGUGCAAGAGGCGGAGCUACGGGGGAGCCCCUCCCUGGCCAUGUGGCUGGUCAAUGGCUUCCAGCUGCUCUAUGUGGGUGAUGCCCUCUGGCAUGAGCCAUUGGUUACUAUAUUUUCCGUGGGGCCAAUUCCCAGAAAAAUACUUUCCGGAAGAAUCCAUCUGACCCCAGUGUGGCUGGCCUUGAGACCAUCCCUACAGCCACGGGAAAGAGGCUGCUGGUGUCUGGAUGGUGGGGUAUGGUUCGCCAUCCCAACUACCUCGGGGACCUCAUCAUGGCUCUGGCCUGGUCCUUGCCCUGUGGGUUGUCCCACUUGCUCCCCUACUUCUACUUCCUCUACUUCUUCGCGCUGCUGGUGCACCGAGAAGCUCGAGAUGAGCAGCAGUGCCUACAGAAGUACGGCCGGGCCUGGCAGGAAUACUGCCGGCGUGUUCCUUACCGCAUCAUACCCUACAUCUACUGAACGGUCCUGCUGCCCACACACCUCGAGCCAGGAAGCCAGGACACACAGGGACUCACGGGCCUGCACCCUACUCAGCCCUGAGCUGGACCAAGCUCACAGAAGAAGUGUUGGGGAGCACUGUCCCCCUUUGCAUAAAUGUCCAGAGCCCACAGAACACUUUUCUCCCAUUCUGGGGUCACUGUGUUUAUGACCAGCUAGGUCAGCUCUGAGAACG